CUGGCAGCCAUGCUGACCAGCUUUAUGGAAAGUCUUCUCUGCUGCCUGACCUCAAAGUCUGCCAACGUUGUGGUUCCUAUAGAAACCUCAGAACCUGCCGAUGGCUACGAGUUUGUGGAGGUGAAACCGGGCCGCAUCCUGAGGGUUCGACAUAUAAUCCCCGACCGGCCGGUGGUGGAGGAACCCACUGUGCAGGGUGGGAGUGUCAGCUGCAAACGAAAGAUCACAGUUUAUCGUAAUGGACAGCUGUUAAUUGAGAACUUGGGUGACAGGGCAAGUGCAGAGCUGAAAAACUGCCAGAAUGAAGAGAGAGAACCUAACAGCACUGUAGAGGUUGAACUUACAGACUGUGGUAACUCCUCACUGCCCGUGGCAAUCCCUGAGGCUAGGCCAGAAUUCGUCAGAGCUAGAAACAAUGGAGCAUCUGAAACAGGAGCAGGAAGAGAGACACCUGCUGCUGGACAGACUGACCAGUCCCAGCAACCCCGGAAGCGCAGGCGGAAGCCAAAGCGCACUGUGGUGAUCGACUGUGAGAGGAAGAUAACAGCCUGUAAAGGGACACAUCCAGACGUGGCUCUGUUCUUCAUCCACGGAGUGGGCGGCUCGCUAGACAUCUGGGGAAGCCAACUGGACUUCUUUUCCCUGCGGGGCUACGAGGUGAUCGCCCCGGACCUGGCCGGUCACGGAGCCAGCUCAGCACCACAGAUACCUGCAGCGUACACUUUCUAUGCCCUGGCUGAGGAUAUGAGACUGAUCUUCAAGAGAUAUGCACGCAAGAGGAAUAUUCUCAUAGGACAUUCUUAUGGUGUUUCGUUCUGUACGUUCCUGGCCCAUGAGUAUCCGGACCAGAUCCACAAGAUGGUGAUGAUCAACGGAGGCGGUCCCACGGCUUUGGAGCCCAGUCUCUGCUCCAUCUUCAACCUGCCCGCCUGUGUGCUUUACUGCCUCUCUCCGCUGCUAGCCUGGAGUUUUCUCAAGGCUGGCUUUGCUCGGCAGGGUGCCAAGGAGAAGCAGCUGCUGAAAGAGAACAAUGCCUUCAACGUGUCGUCCUUUGUGCUGCGCGCCAUGAUGAGCGGGCAGUACUGGCCUGAGGGGGAUGAGGUCUACCAUGCUGAGCUCACAGUGCCCAUCCUGCUGGUCCACGGCAUGCACGACAAGUUUGUUCCUGUUGAAGAAGAUCAGCGCAUGGCAGAGAUCCUCUUAAUGGCCUUCCUGAAGUUCCUGGAGGACGGCAGUCACAUGGUCAUGAUGGAGUGUCCCGAGGCUGUCAACACACUCCUGCAUGAGUUUUUCCUCUGGGAGCCCGCCACCCCUCCACCCUCAAAGAAAGAGUCCAAAACACGUCCAGAGACUGCCAAAGCCCAAUCUGACAUCAUCAAGGCAUCAUCUGAGCCCGACAAGGUCCGACCUGCAACUGCCAGGCACACCACAUCAAACGGCAGUGCAGAGGAGAAGCGAGACAGCAAGGCCAAAAAAAUGACUGAAGAUUAAAGCUGACAGUGGUUUUUACACUAAAUCAUGGCUGGCCAUGCACUUUGUACAUCCUGGGGAGCCCAGCUGGUUGGAACUGUUGAAACUGAUGAUGAGCCAAAAGAGCCAGUUCAUCUGAAAUGGUCCAACUAGAGGUUGGAAGUGGAAGUGGGGCACUACAGGGAGUUCAAAUUCCAUUACAGUAAUUUCAGCUGCAAAGCUGAAGGACAGAGGAAAAGGAGCUCCAAUAAUGUUACGAGACAAAGACGGUCCAUUCUUCAGCUUACGGCUCCCUGUAGUCCUACGUACAGCAGGGGGGAUAUGAUUGUGCCUUGAAGUGGUGUGUGGGGAUGAUGUUAGGGUAGGCCGAGCAAGAGGCGGACACAGCACUAAACAGCCAUGAGGGCGAGGGUGAAAAUGAGUCCAGCAGCAAACGUGGUCAAAUUUGACUUCUGUGGACAAAAAGUCUCCCCUGCCACUCAGACACACGGGAACGUUUUUAAAUGGAGAACUGUUGAAUGCCUGGUCUGACUUUUGCCAUUCCUAAAACGUGGAAAAAACAAUUGGUUGGUAUGACACAUGUUUCUGGUUGACUGCCUGUUAAGCUGUUCUAUGUAAAGCAACAGCAGAACCCAAACCUUAUCAAAACUAGCCGGAUGGGUAAUAAGCCUCAAAUAUUUUGCCUUCUUGAGGUUUAGUAUCAAAUCCUGACACACUUAGCUAGCUGUGAAAUGUCUAUCUGUGUGCGCGUUUGUGUGUCUGUGUGUGUAUCUCAGGAUGUUUUGUAACUAGAUUUUUCCAUUGCACAUGAUUAUAAAUUGCAAAUGUCACCUGUUGUAGAGAUGAGAGUUUUAAAAUGACAAAAUGAAAAUGUCAUGAUACACAAAAGAGCACUGAAAAUUAACGCAGACAUGUAUUGAUUAAAAUGUACAUUUAGUAUUUUGCCCUUUUCU